GCGCUGGGGGCCGUGCUGGGCUGGCUGGCGGCGCUGCACCUGCUGCUCGACCUCUGGGUGCUGGGGCUGCUGUGCGGGGCGCUGGCGGCACUGGGCGGCUGGCUGGGGCCCCGCGCGCUGGCCGGCGGCGGGCGCCGGCUGCGCCUGGAGCGCUUCGUGGCCCUGCAGCCCCCGCCCCGCUGCGCCGAGGCCGAGCGGCAGCUGGAGCGGGAGAUCGCUGCCACCAUCCGCAAGGUCGUCCGCGACUUCGUCUCCUCCUGGUACCGCGCCGUCAGCGGCGGCCGGGCCUUCGAGGCCGAGGUGGAGAAGGCCAUGGCGGGCCUGGCGGCCGAGCUCAAGCGGCGGAUGGAGCGGGUGGACCGCCGGGCCCUGGCCCGCCGCCUGCUCCUGCUCUGUGGCCACCACCUGCAGAGCUACCUGGGGGCCCGGCAGGUGCUGCGGGGCGCCACCGAGGGCGGCCCCCAGCUGUGGCGGGAGUACGAGCGGCUGGCGGGCCCGCACCCGGCCCUCCGCAGCCCUGCGGCCGAGGUGGGCUACGCCCGGGCGGCCACCGAGCGGCUGCUGCGGGCCCUGGUGCCCCGGCCCCACCUGGAGACACGGACGGGCCGCUUCGUGGUGGUGGAGCUGGUCACCUGCAACGUCCUCCUGCCCGCCCUCCGGAAGAUGUCUGACCCCGACUGGAUCAACCUGCUGCUGGUGGCGGCUUUCUCCAAGGCGGGCGGCAAAGCCGGGAAGCAACGCCGGGCCGGGGAGCCGCCUGCCCCGCAGCGCGAUUCCUCAUCUUUUGGGCAGGGUGUCCCCGACGGGCCGCCUCCCUCCCCGUGGGUCCCUGAGCUCCCCCGGGGCCGGGCGGGGGACGCCUGCGAGCACGGCACUCCACAGAAGAAGAAGGAGGAAGAGGAGGGCAAGGACCUGGCAAGCGCGGACGGGAGGAAGGGCGGUGGCAUGGCCGCACGGCCCCCUGUGCUGGGCUCCCUCUUCCCUUGCGAGGACUCGGCGCCGCCAUCCCCCGCCGCCGAGCUGGAUGUGGACGCGGAGCCACCAGCGCCCGCGUCGGCGGAGGAGGUCCUCGCCGACCUGCCGCAGGACGCCCUCACGGUGCUGGAGGCGCCAGGCAGCUCGGAGGAUGGGAACCCGGACGAGGGCACGGCCCCCAGCCUGCCUCCCUCCUCCGCUACCACGCGGGGCCUCUGCCCUAACAUUCGUGUUGACCUAGCGGCGGGGAAGGAGGACGAGGGCUCGGCCUUCCUCGCUGCCCGCCCCGCUGUCCCCAGGAAGAUCUUCUCGCAGAGGCCCUCCUGCCUGGGGAAGGAGCUGGGGGCCUCGGAGAUGCCAGCACAGAGCCCCCUGGACCCCCUGCUCCCCUCUUCCCCCACAGCUUCUGUCAACACCUUCAGCUUUGAGCCCCUCAGCAGCCCCGAGGGGCCGGUGGUCAUCCAGAACCUGCGGAUAACUGGUACCAUCACUGCCAGAGAGCACAGUGGGACCGGCUUCCACCCCUACACCCUCUACACCAUCAAGUAUGAGACGGCACUGGAGGGUGAGGGUGCUGGCAGCCUUCAGCAAAUGGCCUACCACACCGUGAACCGCCGUUACCGGGAGUUCCUGAACCUCCAGACCAGACUGGAGGAGAAAGCAGAGCUCCGCAAGUUCCUGAAAAAUAUCAAAGGCCCAAAGAAACUGUUCCCGGAUCUCCCAUUUGGAAAUAUGGACAGCGAUAAGGUGGAAGCCAGAAAAAGUCUCCUAGAGUCUUUUUUGAAGCAAUUGUGUGCCGUCCCUGAGAUCGCAAACAGCGAGGAGGUGCAGGAGUUCCUCGCCCUGAACACUGAUGCCAGGAUCGCAUUUGUCAAGAAGCCUUUUGUUGUCUCCAGGAUAGACAAGAUAGUUGUCAAUGCUAUUGUGGAUACCCUGAAGACUGCGUUCCCCAGGUCCGAGCCCCAGAGCCCCACGGAGGAUCUCAGCGAGUCAGAAGUGGAUGGAAAGUCUCAGACAGAUGGGAAGAAGGCUAACAAGUCCAGGCUGAGGUUCCCAUCCAGUAAAAUCACUCCUGUGCUGAAUGCGGGUGAAGCACAUGACAGGAUCCUGUACUCUCUGAGAGAGGGCAGCACGGUCUCUGGCACCCUGUCAUUGGCUGGUAUGGAGUCCUUCAUUCAGAAGCAGGAGAAGCUGCUGGAGGCAGUGCCCAGCGUUGCCUGUGAAGGCGAGGGAGGCAAAGAAGCCAAGGAGUUCUGCAUGCACCAGGAAACAGAUAUGCCAGGCCCAUCACAGCAGGAGAUGCAUCUGGACACGGGUGCUGACUCUGAGACAGCUUUGGCUGACCUGGCCAUGGACUUGCUGCGUUUGCUUCUGAUGGAUCACUGGAGCUGGCUAUGCACAGAGAACAUGCAGAAGGUCUUUGACCUGCUUUUUGGGACCCUCAUUGAAAGAUGGUUAGAAGUCCAGGUGGUCAACCUGACCUGUACCCAGCGUUGGGUUCAAUACCUCCAGUUGCUGCAGGAAUCCAUCUGGCCUGGAGGAGUUCUGCCAGCAGUGCCUAAACCAGUCAGGACACAGGAGCAGAAGAAAGCAGCAGCAGAGCAAGCCUUGCAGGGUUUGAUGGGACUCUUACCAGAAGUAAUCCAAGAAAUCUUGGGAACUAGUAAAUGUCGCCUGAGCUGGAACCUGGUACUGGAGUCACUUGGUCAGCCUGUCAUAAACAGGCACCUGGUUUUCUGCCUCUUGGACAUUCUGCUGGAGUUCUUGGUCCUGAAGGACUCCAGCGAUGAGCUUGAGACAACAGCUAUUGCGCCCUCUGCCUCUAGCAGCCUGGAGAAAGCAAGCAUGUCAGCACAUUAACCAGGGCCGAUGCAGCCAAUAGCGAUGGAGAGGAGAAGCCGUGGGCAUAGGAUGAUUGAUCUCUUUUCAGCAUUUGCUGAACCUGUCUGGGAGCUUCUUGUAAAGAAUUUCUCCAACCUGUGCUAAAUGAGGCUUUUUCCAGGCUUCUCUGUUUUGCCUGUGUGAUAGAUUAAAGCCAGUGUCAGUGGCUGGAGAUGUUUUCCUGCCAUAUAGUGCCUGUUCCAUUGCUGAUGUGAUGGAGAGCCUGGAUGGAAGAUGCCUGACUUCUGCUGAGCUGGAGAGUCUGAGAAGGGACCUGCAGGCUGACCACAAACUUCCUUUGGAUGUUGUUUCCAUGUCCUGUGUGUCUAGAAUAUCCCGAACAGAUAAAAGUUGAUGGCACGUAAGCUUUGCUGCUGUGCCCUCAAGCUCCAUCUGGCACUAACAUACAGAGAAAUGAUAUGGCAAUGUCUUCAUGGAAGGUUUCUCCAGGACAGGUGAAGAGAGAACCAAAUGCUGUCCUUGCUUCCUCUAAGCAGCCUGCCAUGUGCCUGUCUUGUUCCCUGUGUUUUACCAGAAGGAAAGUGAGGAAAAAAUGGAGCAAGAUGAUGUAAUAGUAGCCUAAAGUCAGAGUUGGGAAUCCAUCCUCCUGCCCAGCUACCUGGCAAGUCUAAAGGGAUGCAGGAGUCAAAGCUGCUAUCCUGUCUCAGGGACAUGAAUGAGUUUACUUCCACAGUUACUGCUCAAAUGUGGUAUUGUUCUGGUAUUUUUUGGUGCCUGAACAGAGGGAGGCAUACAGGGUAAACUGGUCUGGAAAACAGGACUGUCCUCAGGCUUAAAGAGAAAUAGCAGCUUAACUGGACUUAAUUGUCCUGUGUUUUGCCUACUGAGCCAUGUUUUAGUCUCAGAAGCCCUCUCCUGGAAGGCAUGGCAGAAAAUAAGCUGGCCCAUAUGUGAUACAUGGCAAGUGAAAAUUGGCUCCCAUGCAAAAGCACUUGUUACAACAAGCUCUUGGAGAGAUGUGAACACCUCUGAGCCCAUGAGGAGUAUCUCAUGGGCAGACUGUGGGUAGGACCACCACACUUGAUUUGAAAGCGCCACCUUAGUUCUGCUGUUGAUUGCUAUCUCGCCAUGCUUUCGUUUGCUAUGCCUGCUGCUAUAACGGUUGUGUACAGAGUGCUCUAGAAAGCUUGUAUGGUCACGCCAUCUAGUGCAGAAUGGCAUGUCUGUAUGAUGUGUAAGAAUACCCAAGAUUUCAGUGGUUUUGCAAGCUUACAUUGCCUAGCUGUCAAAUACGUGGCAGAGCAGAUGGACAAGGAGAAUAUGCGCCAACAGAUCUGUUUGUAUUACUUCCACGGUACGGAUCGUCAAACUGACUGGUACUGGACUUUACUGUUCACCGCUUCCUGGCAUUCGCUACAGGUGAAGGCACUUCAGAAGACCCAGCAAGAGAAGCGUGCAGUAUCACAGCUAGUUUUGAUGCUACAGUACAAAAUGGUGCAGUUCAUACAGCUUGCUGUUCUGUUGAGCUGGAACUGGAUACUCAGCAGUGUGUUGGGAGAGAAGGCUGUGUACCUCAGUAUGUGUGCUGUUGAGAGCACAGGCUCUGCUCUUUCCAGAGGCAGCUGCUUAAUAAUGAACACAUGUGUGUGCUUCUUCGUGCUUCUGUUGUUUGUGUAUGAUGUGUCGUAAAUAGUGGGAAGGGUUAGAUUACUGCCAGCAAGUAUAUUUUUAGGGAGCUACAAGGACAUCCCAAGACCUGGCAGAAUCCAGUGAAAUGAAGCAAAGCAGUCUUUACCAGAGCAACUUCUCAGCAAUGGCUCUUCUGAGAGAGUAGACUUGCCUCCUGCUUGGAAAAGGGGAGAGCAUGUGUGUUGAAUAGCUUAAGAGCAGAUCAGGCAAAGUACUAGAGAAUGUUUUAUAUGGGUUAAUCUCAGAUGGCCAAGGACUAGGCUGUAAGGCAGGGCUCCCAUAUGUCCGAAAGUGCAACAUCAACGUAGAGCCUCUACUCUACCCUCUCUUAGAAUACUAGCCUCCUGUUUUCUUUCUUUUUCCUGCAACUUAAAUUUGUCACUUGUCCUGACAGGAGUGGGAGACCAAGGAGGAAAAGGAGCAAUCAGCUGGGCACUGCACAGCAAAGCCCUGUAUUGUGGUUGAUCGCUUCCCAGAUGUUCUUGGUGUGCUUGCUUGCAAUUGCUUCCUCGUUGACUUUAUGGUUUUGAAGGCCAGAGAUUGUAGUUUAUCACUGAUUAGGAAUAUUAUUAAAAAGCUCUUUGAAAACAGUCAUUCAGAGACAGACUGUGUGGCCCACUCUGCACGAAGUCAGAGGUCUAACCCAGGUCUUACAGACACUGGGUAUGACGUUGGAAGGAUGAGCUUCCACUUCUCAUUCUCCAGGAAGGCUCUAAUAUCCCUGCCUUUAACCCUGACCUCUGACAUUAUACCAAAGACUCGAUGCUCAUUCCUCUUGAUGGAAAUAAUUUAUGAUUUCCGCUGGCGGGCUCCGAGGAGCAUAGCUUGAGAGCCGGCACUUAGCUGGAAUGCUGUGACAAUGAUUUGCAGUUGUACUAGACAACCUCUUUGUGUGUGCGUUCUCCUGCACCUUUCAUGCAUGGGCCUUGAAGCAUGCGUUUUGCAGGCUUGAAUUAACUUCCAGUAGUUGCUCAUGUGGCAAAGUAGUAGCAUCUCUUCUCUGUUUACAUUGGAGGAAGUGCAGCAGAGAUAUGAAGUGCAUACACAAAGUGCAUGUACCACAAGUCAGUGACAGAGUCAGGAGCAGACCCCAGCAGUUUGGAUUUGAGACAUCUCUGUUUUAAUCUCCAGAACCCCCUUUCUUUUCUUAGAGCAAGGAAAACAGAAACCAGGAUUCCUGGAGCCCUUUCUCAUGCUCUUACUGGCUAGACUUCAAGCUCCCAUUCUCUUUUUUUCGUAGAUCUUAGGCCAUUCCUACAGCUGAGAACAAGCUGCCCAGGAACAGCAUAGGAACAAGUAGCCUCUCUCUGUACCUUGUUGUUACAGAGUAUAAAACCCCACUAAAUUUUUUUCUUAACAUCAGUUCUUUGCUCUGCCAGAAUUUUCAGAUUAAAUUGAAGCGACAGCGGCAAAGGCAAACUCCUGCAUUCAGGUGGGCUGAAAGUUUAUUUCCUCUGGACUGUGACUGAAAGCAUUGCUUUGGUAAAACAAACAAAGCCCACAAAAAGACUAACUCUUUGUUAGUGCCUUACACUCUCAGCAAGCUCCUUUUUCCGCAGGAAUUUUUUUAGAAGGCUUGAGGUGCCCCUUGCUAAAGGGAAGCUGGUGAGAGGAGCCAGAUAUAAUAUGUCAACAAAAAGCCUUGCAGAUCUCUGGCACUGUAUUAAAUGCUGAGCAGCACAUGGUUCAUGGUUCAGGUGGGCCUCCUGCCCUUUAGAAAGGGUGAGUCUCUGAGUUGCUUUGAAGGCGUGGAAUGAAUUGAAGCAGAGACCAGCGUGGUCCUGGGUGUAUCUCCUUUGGGAGAUGCACAGUCUGCCUCCAGCCCAUCACCAGAUGACUGUUUGUCUUGGAGGAAAGCAUUUCACUUCUCUCUGCCUCAGUCUUCCUUGGGAUUGGCUAAUUAGAGUCUAAGCUCCCUAUGAGCAGGGUCUGCUUAUGUGGGUGUGCAGCGGUGAGCAGUGUUACACAGCUUCAGGACACCAUUGUAAGCUAAGUAAUGGUUGCUGUGCUGAGCCAGAGCUUGUUUUUUUUCAGUUUUCAGGAAAAAGAAUGUAACCUUGUGCUUGACUGUCAUCUUUCGUGUAUUCAGAUCUGUUAGGUAUUUGUGGGUCCUGCCAUUCAAAUUUGUGUGGAGUAGUGCUGUCUGGAGAACUUGUUCUGUUGUCAGUAGGGAAACAAACAGAUGCUCCAAGAUACUUGUAACUUCUCUGACUGUGUAUGAUAGUACCCUAGAUCACACAUAAUUUUGUGUUUGGGUUUAAAAUUGACCCUUGCCAAGAAACUGCUUGUCAAACAGCUCAUAAAAAGAAAAGAGCAAGCAGAGGACAAGCAGGGGAAAGCCUGGGUUGGGGUGGGAAGCAGGAGAUUAGCUCCUUUAUUGGUAGUGCUUAGGGGAAAAUUGAUGUUUAUGGUGGAAUUUGGAACUUUCAGUACUGUGGAGUGGCCAAAUUUUGUACUACCGUUCAGCUAGAAAACCUGACACUGGUUAGUGGUGGUCACAGCCUGCCUAGGACAGAAAUAGCUUAGAGGGGGUUGUCAUCUCCCCGAGUGUUAACGAUGUCCCAAGAUGCAGGGCUGGUGGCAGUGGAUCUGGGACAGUGGUUUGCCCUAGCAAAUGAGUGGCAAUAGUGGGAGAGGCAGCAACUGCAGCCAAGGCAGGGUUAGCUGUUAAGGUGGGCAGCUCCAGCACCUGGGCUGCAGCUUGGUUGGAGAGAGGGUCAGUUCUCCUGUCUCUGGUGUCAUCAGCACUUUUUCUCUCCUCCUGAUGAGCUAACUUCUUGAUUCAGGACUUCUAGUGAGUGUGGAACCAGAAAAGCCAUUUGGAGCACUUCUGGAAGAAAAAGUAAAAAAAAUAUACAGAUACGCAUGGUCACGCAGACCUGUCUCCAUGUUCAUUGAGCUCUGCUGUGUAGGAGGUUCACCUUGAUGUCAAUCCUGCAGCAGGAAAGCUGGUAAGCUAUAAGGAAACAGGAGAAUAUGUCUCAAAAAGAAAAAAAUACCAUAUGAAAGUUGAAAUACUAUGUUGAGGGGAAAAAAUGGAGGAGGAGAAAUGAUACAAUGAAUGCUUGGGUCAUGUAUUAUUCUAGAUUAGCUUUGCCACAGAAAGAUCCUGAAUGCCCUAUGAAAUCUAUUACAUACAAGCCAGUGAACAUUUGUAUAGCACAUGAUGCAGGGAUCAUAGCUGAAGACAAGUUCUCCUCUGUAACAUCCACCCCGGAGUAGAUUGGUCCCUUUCCAGUGUCAACAGCUGGAGGAUUAAGCAUUUAUCUCUGCAGAACAGUGGAUAAUUAAUACCAGAUUGGACUAGAGUACACUCGAGAGAACUUGCUUGUGACUGUAGUUGUGACUGAGCGUAGCUUUAGUCCUGCAGGCGAGCUGGGGGAGUGGGACGGGGUUUAGCCUGUGCCGUGUGGGCAGGCGUUGUCUCUGAUGUGUGUCUCUUAGCAGAGCCUCCGGCUUCCUGCGUGAGGCUGACGGCGAGCUCUCUUAUUAUGGCCCCAGGCGGUAGGGCCGAAAACUCUUCGGGAAACCUUUUUUUUUUCCAACAAAGCUGUGGAAGAAUAGAAUCAGGAUGCUGUGACUUGCUGGUUUUUGGACUUAAAUGUAAAAUCUAGGUUUUGGCACUUCUGGCUUCCUUCAGAUAAAUUAAUGCCAUUAUCCUGGCCACAUUCCAGUUCAGGUAGCUGUAUUCUUCCUACCUUAAUGCUACUCCAGCCCCUUAUCUCCACUAGAUAUGCAGUACUCUAAUUCCUGUCUGAAACUUGCUUAUUGUGUUACAGUCUUUUUCCCCUCUGAGCAUACCUUGUGCAGAGGCCUAGCCAGCCUCCUAAUGCUAUACCAAGCUGCUAAAAUAGUCAAGAGAACCUGCCUUAGGCAUUUGACUGUGCCUGAUGUUCUUCUGGAGCAUCCCUCCUGACUUGUAAGCUAGUUGAGCUUCAAAAAGGAGUAACAAAAAAUUAUAGCAAGUGCUGCACUGCAUUUCAACAUAUAGUGGACUGGCUAGAAACCCUCUACUUCUUUCUCAGAGUGCUGGUGAAUUUGUUAAUGGGAGGAAUCUCAAGUUUCCUGGCUUGUGCUUUUACUUUCCCUGUGUUACCAUUUCUUCAAAGAUGUUGAAGAGUAAAGCGUGUGCUUACAAGUAGGCAGGGGGAAGAAACCUCAUGCCUUCGAGGAGAAUACUGACAGUGUCCAAACGUAAAUGCAUGCAAACCUCUAAGGAUCAGGCCUUAAUGGGGCAGUAGUGGUUAUCAUCUAGCCUCCAGGAACCCUGUGUCUUGUAAUACAUGAGCAAUACUAAAA